GCAAUCUGUGUUACUACACAUAUCUAACAAAAAGCGGUGCCCAUCAAAAACGUAUGGCAAAGCAGUUGUUAGCACGAGAGGAGAUUUUGAGGGACGAGAGAAGUUGUUGUAAAAGUUCUGUCAUGUUUUCUGAUAGCAAUCGUUCUCUUCAAAUUCCGAAGGCUUAUAUCAGACCUCCGACAGAGAGGCCGAAAUUUAACGAAGUGGCUUCCUUAGAUAAUAUUUCAGUACUUGACUUAGCUCAUCUGGAUGGCCCCAAAAGGCCUUUGGUCAUUGAUGGAGUUCGAUCUGCUUGUCGGCAAGAUGGUUUUUUUCAGGUUAUUAACCACGGAGUCUCCGACGAAGUCAUCAACCGACUGCUGGAAGUUGCAAAAGAAUUUUUCACCAUGCCCAUUGAGAAGAGAGAGAAGUUCUAUUCUGAAGAUCCUUCUAGUGUUAUUCGCUUGUCAACUAGCUUUAACGUUGAGAAAGAGGAAGUCUACAAUUGGAGGGAAUUCUUGAGGCACCAUUGCUAUCCUUUAGAAAAAUAUGUGGACACCUGGCCAUUGGACCCCCCUGCUUACAGGGAAGCUGUUGGAAAAUAUUGCAUAGAGGUAAGAGCCCUCGCUCUACGCUUGCUAGCUGCCAUUUCUGAGAGCCUCGGACUGGAACCAGAUUUUCUUGAGAAAGCUCUUGGACAACAGGCUCAACAUAUGGCUAUCAACUAUUAUCCUCGCUGCCCAAAUCCUGAGCUCACAUUUGGAUUACCAGCUCAUUCAGAUCCCAAUGCUCUCACAAUUCUUCUUCAAGGAGAUGUCUCGGGCCUUCAAAUUUUCAAGAACGGACAAUGGUGUACUGUGCAGCCCCUACGUAACGCCUUCGUUGUCAAUAUUGGAGACCAAUUGCAGGUUUUGAGCAAUGGAAUAUACAAAAGUGCAAUUCAUCGUGCAUUAGUGAAUGCAGCUGAAGCACGCAUCUCAGUUCCUACGUUUUACUGCCCUUCUCCUGACGCACUGAUUGCUCCUGUUCCAUCGUUAGUCACGAGUGAUCAACCUGCCCAAUAUAGAAAGUUUACAUAUGAGGAAUACUAUCAGAAGUUCUGGAGUAAAACUCUGGAAGGAAAUACGUGCUUAAAUUUCUUUGCUGUUGAUUCUAAAAAUGUAUGUCUACCGACACAAGACAACAACUUGUGACACUAAUACUUGUUACUUUUAGGUAGUUCGUUAUCUUUCUCAUCUGAUGGACUCUGAACGAAUGUCAGAUGUCUAAGUGAUUCUAUUUCCAUGGCUUUUAGGUGUUCUUUUCCGUUGUAGUUCUUUGCGUUUCCAUAAAUUGCAAGGUCUUGCGUUCAUGCACAUUGUACUAUCAGAUGUCUAAGAUUAACCUAAUUUUUUAAGGUUUUCUUUUCCAUUGCAGUUCUUCAUGUUUCCAUAACUUGGAAGCCCUUGGGUCCAUGCAACUUUAUUAUCAUAGAUCUAAACUUAAUGUAAAUUUAUAGUUUCAUAUUGAAGAGCAUAAAUCCUUUUCCUGUGAGAACUAUAUUAAGUAUUU